AUGACUUCCGAAUACGACAAAUAUGCUACUCCCUUGUCAUCAAGAUACGCAUCUGAAGAGAUGUCUGCUAUUUUUUCCCUCAGGAAUAGAUUCUCCACGUGGCGUAAAUUAUGGUUGAACUUGGCCAAAGCUGAAAAAGAAGUUGGCUUGGAUAUGAUCACCGAUGAAGCAAUUGAGCAAAUGUCGAAGCAUUUGACCAUCACUGACAAGGAAAUUCAAGAUGCUGCUGUUGAAGAAAGUAAAGUGCGUCAUGAUGUUAUGGCUCAUGUUCACAUAUUCGGUGAAACUUGCCCUGCUGCCGCUGGUAUUAUUCAUUUGGGCGCAACUUCGUGUUUUGUUACUGAUAAUGCUGAUUUGAUCUUUUUAAGAGAUGCUUAUGAUAUUUUAAUUCCUAAAUUGGUUAAUGUUAUUGACAGAUUGAGCAAGUUUGCUUUGGAAUACAAGGAUUUGCCAGUUUUGGGAUGGACUCAUUUCCAACCAGCUCAAUUGACUACUGUUGGUAAAAGAGCUACUUUGUGGUUACAGGAAUUGUUGUGGGAUUUAAGAAACUUUGUCAGAGCUAGAAAUGAUAUUGGAUUGAGAGGUGUUAAAGGUACCACUGGUACACAAGCUUCGUUCUUGUCAUUGUUUCAUGGUGACCAUGAAAAAGUUGAAAAAUUGGACAAACGUGUUGUUGAAUUGUUGGGUUUCAAUACUGUUUACCCAGUCACUGGACAAACUUACUCACGUAAGAUUGAUAUUGAUGUAUUGGCACCAUUAGCUAGUUUUGGUGCCACUGCUCAUAAAUUUGCAACUGAUGUUCGAUUAUUGGCCAACUUGAAAGAAAUUGAGGAACCAUUUGAAAAAUCACAAAUUGGAUCCAGUGCCAUGGCUUACAAGCGUAAUCCAAUGAGAUGUGAACGUGUUUGUUCAUUGGCCAGACACUUGGGUGGAUUGUUCAGUGAUGCAGUUCAGACUGCUUCAGUUCAAUGGUUUGAAAGAACUUUGGACGAUUCAGCAAUUAGAAGAAUCAGUUUACCUUCAGCAUUUUUGACUGUUGAUAUCUUGUUAUCAACCAUGUUGAAUAUCACAUCCGGAUUGGUUGUGUAUCCAAAAGUCAUUGAGCGUAGAAUCAAUUCAGAAUUACCAUUUAUGGCUACUGAAAAUAUCAUUAUGGCUAUGGUUGAAAAAGGUGGAUCAAGGCAAGAUUGCCAUGAAGAAAUUAGAGUGUUGUCUCAUCAAGCUUCCGCAGUAGUUAAACAAGAAGGUGGCGAUAAUGACUUGAUUGAACGUGUGAGAAACACAGAAUAUUUCAAACCAAUCUGGGGAGAUUUGGAUGAUUUGUUGAAUCCAAGCACAUUUGUUGGUAGAGCUCCUCAACAAACUGAGAAGUUUGUCAAGCAAGAUGUAGCUGAGGCUUUGAAACCAUUUGAAAAGUACAUUACUGAAGAACAAGUCGCAUUGAAGGUUUAG